AUGCUAUACUCUCUAAUCCGCUUCCGCCGUUACGCUUCUCCGCACUCUCCCCUUCUUCGUCUUUCUGUCAACAGUUUCUCCUCAGCCGUAGCUGCCAUGGUUGCUCACGCGAAGGACGACGCCUACCUUCAGGCGGCGAUUCCGAAGCGCAUCCAUCUGUUCGAGACUAUCCAGGCGGAGCAGCGUACGCAGCGCCUCUCGCUGUCGCCGGAUCCUAUCAAGGUCACUCUCCCCGACGGUGGCGUGAGGGAGGCGAAGAAGUGGCUCACGACUCCGCUCGACGUGGCGCGUGAAAUCUCGAAGAAUUUGGCUAACAACGCGCUCAUCGCCAAGGUCAAUGGCGUGCUCUGGGACAUGACGCGCCCGUUUGAGGAUGAUUGCCAGCUCCAGAUCUUCAAGUUCGACGAUGACGAAGGACGCGACACGUUUUGGCACUCAAGCGCGCACAUUCUCGGCCAGUCUCUUGAGACGGAGUAUGGAUGCAAGCUCUGCAUUGGGCCUUGCACUACAAGAGGAGAGGGAUUCUAUUAUGAUGCGUUUUACGGUGACUUGGGUCUCAAUGACGAUCACUUCAAGCAAAUUGAAGCUGGCGCAUUGAAGGCUGUUGCGAUUGAGAUCAUCAAUGAUUUGCCUGCCGACAAAACUAUCACGGUGUACAGAUGUGGUCCCCUGGUUGAUUUGUGUCGCGGACCUCAUAUACCUAAUACAUCCUUUGUCAAAGCAAUUGCAUGUUUAAAGGCUUCGUCAGCAUAUUGGAGGGGGGACAAAGAUCGUGAAAGUUUACAGAGAGUUUAUGGCAUAUCUUAUCCUGAUCAGAAGAGUUUAAAGGAAUACUUACAUCGGCUGGAGGAGGCUAAAAAGUAUGAUCACAGGAUUUUGGGUGUGAAACAGGAGCUUAUUCUUCAUCAUGAAUGGAGCCCAGGAAGCUGGUUUUUUCUUCCACAUGGCACUCGGAUCUACAACAAACUCAUGGACUUCAUUCGAAAUCAGUACAGAGACAGGGGUUAUCAAGAGGUCAUAUCUCCAAAUGUAUUUAACAUGGAUCUGUGGGUGCAAUCCGGUCAUGCUGCAAAUUAUAGAGAGGAUAUGUUUAUCUUAGAGAUUGACAAACAAGAGUUUGGGUUGAAACCAAUGAAUUGCCCCGGGCACUGCCUGAUGUUUAAACACAGGGUUCGAUCAUAUCGAGAACUUCCUCUCCGUUUUGCUGAUUUUGGGGUUUUGCAUCGGAAUGAGGCUAGUGGUGCCCUAAGUGGAUUAACACGCGUUAGGAGAUUUCAGCAGGAUGAUGCACAUAUUUUCUGCAGGGAGUCCCAGAUAAAGGAUGAAGUGAGGAACGCCUUGAAUUUCAUCAAUUAUGUCUAUAACAUAUUUGGUUUCACAUAUGAGCUGAAGCUUUCAACGAGACCAGAGAAAUACCUAGGAGAUAUUGCAACUUGGGAUAAGGCUGAAAGUGCUCUUAAAGAAGCUUUACAUGAUUUUGGCAAGCCAUGGCAGUUGAAUGAAGGGGAUGGGGCAUUUUACGGACCAAAGAUAGACAUCAGUGUGUCUGAUGCAUUAUGUAGGAAAUUCCAGUGCGCAACAUUGCAGCUUGACUUUCAGCUUCCAGAUCGUUUUAAGUUGGAAUUCUCAGCUGAGGAUGAAGCCAAAAUUGAGAGACCUGUAAUGAUACAUAGAGCAAUUCUAGGAUCAGUUGAGCGCAUGUUUGCCAUACUUUUAGAGCACUACAAGGGUAAAUGGCCCUUCUGGCUCAGUCCUCGUCAAGCAAUUGUAUGCCCUGUGUCUGAAAAAUCACAAUCCUAUGCACUGCAGGUGCGAGAUCAGAUCCACCAAGCAGGGUAUCACGUUGAUGCUGAUACGACUGACAGGAAGAUUCAAAAGAAGGUGCGAGAAGCACAAUUAGCACAAUAUAACUACAUAUUGGUUGUCGGAGAGGAGGAAGCUAACACUGGACAGGUGAGUGUACGAGUUAGAGACAAGGCAGAUCAUAACGUUAUGAGUAUUGAGAACCUACUCAAACAUUUCAGAGACGAAGCUGCAGCUUUCCAUUGA